UGAUUUCAAAACAAAAGGAAAGGAGAAAAGUUAGGACAGCUUUGGGGACCUCAGGCGACCUCUUGUCUAACCUCUCAUUCGGGGGACCCUGUGCUUGAGGCCAGGGGAAACUAAUCAGGAAACUUUUCUUGUAUUGAACCCGAAAUCUGCUUCUGCUUUCACCCAUUUGUCGGAAUUGUGCCCUCAGCAACCAAAUACAAGUUCCAUCCCUUUUCCCCACAGCAACCUUUCAUGUAUAUGCAGACAAUUGUCAAGUUCCCUCUGUGUUUUUUUCUUCUCCAAAAUAAACAUCUCUGGUUCCCUCAAUCCAUCCUAAUGUGACAGACAUAGUUUUCAGUUCUUUUAACCUCCUCGUUGUUAAGUUGGCUUGUCUUCCAAGAUUUUCGGAGGGAAAAGAUUUCAGCACAAUAGCCUGGUUGAUGUGUGCUUCAGAGGCAGAGUUUAUUCCAACCUUAUUUCAUUUUAUUAACAGUUUGGGAAAUUAUUCAGUGAAGAAGAAUAGAUAACUUUUCCAAAAUAACACUAGAGCCUUUAAAAAAGAAAUCUUUAGUUUUUAGUUUUUCCCACAGGGAAGGAAGGAAAGGUGCAUAACAUUCCACUGGUGGUUUUUGAAAUGUUUCUGCCCCCUCAGUUUCCUCAGAAUGACCAAUACAGCCCUGUGGCAUUUUCCAUUCAUCCAGGAUACUUGGUAACAAGGAGGAAUACUCUUUUGGACAGCAGGGAUGCAGGUGAAUGCUAGCAUGUAUCUAACUGACUGUAUAGAGGUUGAGGAGAAGGCAAGAUAAAACAGGGCUGGAAAAUGGAGAAGCAAAGUCCCCUGCCCCUUAAAUUCUUAGAAGAAACCUAUGGAACUGAAGAAGUUUUUCCUCUGGAUCACCUCAGCCCCAGGCAGCAUCAGUAGACCCGCCAAUUUUGUAGAUAUGCUGACCGUGUCAGAGAUUUCUCAGUGACAUGGCUUCCGCUAGCAUCACUGCCAUUCAAUGUCCUCAGCAAGCCCAUCUAGGGUAAGAUUUCUGUUGGAGAUCACUCGUGCCCCUUCCACAUUACUUUCCUGUACCUUCAUAGUCCUGGCAACCCACUUCAGGUGAUUUGCUGUGAUUUUGGAACAAGGUCGUGAAUCCCCAAACAGUCAGGUGAUUUACACAGAAACUUUGUUUCCUAGAUUUGCAAAAGAGUCUCUAGAGAGACAGAUGGUAUCUGAAUUAAAAUGGCGCACUCAGCUGUCCACCUGUGGGUGAGAACAGAACCGUUUAUAGUGGGCACUUUGCCUCUGCCUCCUCCAGCCAAAUUCAGCCUUCACUAUCUCAGAAAGAUAUCCACUUAUGUUCGAACCCGAGCCAGGGAGGGAGGUUACCCACGCCUCUUCUGGCCCACGUGGAGGCAUAUUGCCUGUGGGAAGCUGCAGCUGGCCAGGGACAUCGCUUGGCUUUACUUUGAAAUCUUCGAUAGUCUGGUGCCGAGGACCCCGGAGGAGCGUCUGGAGUGGGCUGAAUUGGUAUCAACCUGCACCUGUGAGGAGGAUGUGGAGAAGCAGAGGAGUAAGCUCUCAGUGGACACCCUUCAGUUCCUGCUGUUUUUGUAUAUACAGCAGUUAAAUAAGGUUUCCUUAAGAACGUCUUUGUUUGGAGAAGAGUGGCCAAGUCCCAGAAACAGGUCUCCAUCCCCUGACUUGACUGGGAAAUCCAUCUGUCAAAAUAAGACCUGGGACGAUUGCAGCCACCAAGCCUUUGUCUAUAAUCACCUGCCCAAUCUCCUGGAGCUCCUUUUGGACCCAGAGCAGCUCACCGAUGCCUCCCACUCCACCCACAAAAGCCUGGUCUCUCCCGAAGCUGUGCAGGCUCUCAGCUUUCUCAUUGAAGGCACAGUCAGCAAAGCCAGGAAGGUCUAUCCACUCCACGAGCUCGCGCUCUGGCAGCCCCUGCAUUCCGAGAGCGGCUUCUCCAAGACUUCCGAAACCUUCUCCUUCUCAAAGCUGGAAGCCUGGCUCAGGUGUCGUUUGACUGCAAACCCGUUUGGCACAUCUGCCUGCCUCAAGACUGGGAAGAAGUUGGCUUGGGCCCAGCAAGUUGAAGGAACUACCAAGAGAGCCAAGAUUGCCUGUAACACGCACAUGGCCCCCAAGAUACACCGCAUUGUGGUGAUGACCCAGGUGUACAAGCAGACACUGGCCAAGAGCUCAGAGACCUUAGUCGGCCAUGUGAAGAUUCACCGUUGCAACGAGUCUUUUAUAUACCUGCUGUCCCCAUUACGGUCGGUGACCGUGGAGAAGUGCAGGAGCAGCACUUUGGUCCUGGGGCCUGUCCAAACCACCCUUCACCUCCACAGCUGUGACAACAUGAAGGUCAUUGCUGUUUGCCAUCGUCUGUCCUUGUCUUCCACCACGGGAUGCACCUUUCACGUUUUGACACCCACACGCCCUCUUCUCCUGUCUGGCAAUCAGAUGGUAACAUUCGGACCUUUCCAUACUCAUUACCCAAUGCUUGAAGACCACAUGGCCAAGACCGGACUUGCCACCAUGCCCAACUACUGGGACAGGCCGAUGGUUGUGUGCAGGGAGCAUAACGACUCCAGGGUCUUCCGACUCUUGUCCCCCUGUGAGUUCUAUGUGUUUGUGAUUCCAUUUGAGAUGGAAGGGGACACAACAGAGAUUCCCGGGGGUCUCCCACCAGCCUAUCAGAAGGCACUGAGCCAACGAGAACAGAAGAUACACAUCUGGCAGAAGACGGUGAAGGAAGCAGGUUUGACAAAGGAUCAAAGGAAGCAAUUCCAGGUGCUGGUUGAGAACAAGUUUUAUGAGUGGUUGAUUAACACAGGACAAAGCCAGCAGCUGGACAGUCUCGUGCCUCCUGCAGCAGGUUCCAAACAGGCCGCAGGAUAAGACAUCCUACAGAGCCAUGGUAUCAAGAGAGGAAUAUCUGACGGGAACAGACAAGGGAGCACGGGAGAAUGGAGGAGCCCAGCAGGAAAAAGGAUUGCACGUGAGCCCUGUCUCUUUCUCCACAAAAUAGAUUAACAUUUGUUGUGAAUUUUAACACAGAAAACCAAUUUUAAUAAUUCUGGUGUGUUCCUGUCCUUUCUGAGGAAAUAUGAAGCCAAGUGGCUGAUACUAAAAUGUUGAUCUGUUCUGUUGCUAGAGGGGUACAGGAGACAUGACAACACCCUGAAGAAUUCUAGCAUUUCAAGGCUAAGUUAAGAAAGGGGCUAUUGGGGCGGCCGUUGGAAUCCAUUGGGUUUUAUUGGCCUGUGGGAGACUUUUGCUUGAUUUAGUCUCUUACUCUCUUUUUACAGUAUAAGGGAAAUUGGAAACAAACUGGCCGUAUAGACGAGGGGUCUCGCAAACCCAAGAAUGCCAGUUUUUAUCAUUUUGAAGAUGGCAAAGUGGUGACAACAGCCUCAUGUUAUUUUUAUACUGAAGUGUCGGGCUAUAGGGUUACAAAUGAACAGCCUUUAUUUGGAGGCAAAGCAGUUCUGCCCCUUGUAGAGCUAAUGAAAGGUAUUUUUUGUCUACCGCAGUUUGGUAUGCUUUUAAAAAUUUUGAUGGAAAUAUACAUGUAUAUGUAUAUAUAUGUUAUUAUUUCUUGGUGUAUAAAAGUCAGAAGAAAUAUUUUUGUAUAGAGAUUGUUCUAAUCUAGCCUUUAAUCUGUGUAACAAUGAAAUUUUUAAAAAAAUAAUGUUUAUUUCUUAUUCUCUGUUGAAAAUUGUAAUUAAUUGUAAAAAGUAUUUUUGCUUUCUCUGUGACAAUGUAGAGCUUCUAUCUUUAUGCUUGAGAUUUUCAGGUAGAGAUAUUCUGUGAUGUCAAAAUAAAGUUUACAUUUUGUUAAAA